AUGUUUACGUUUAGGUUUAUCUUUCAGCUGUUGGAGCGCAGCAAUGCGGACUAUUUAUGCAACGAAGCUGGUGGCACGGCCGGUGGUGCUGGCGACGGUGGUGGGGCUGGUGCUGGUGCUGGUGGUUCCCUGCUGUUGCCCACACACACGCAUCACAAUCUGCAACUCGAUAAAAUUUCCGUGCGCUCGAUUAGUUCCGAGGAUAUUUCCAAUGUUGGCAGCGGACGAUGCUGCAGUGCAGCGGCACGAAAUCCGGCCAUAAAAACGGGGCGACGUUUGCAGCUAAUGCAGAUGAUAAUUCUACCAUUCAUACCCAUAUUGGCAUUGAUUGUGCAAACAUCACUAACCCUGCAGGAGAUAUUGGAGUAUCGAGCCGAUGUGGCCGACAUUGAGACGCAGGUGACAAUUGCAACGGACUUGGGCAAAGUUGUGACGCGACUGCAGCUCGAGCGCUCCGAGGUGGCCUUCUAUAUCUUCACCAAUGGCAGCAAGCAGCGGGCAAAUCUAACUCAACGCUUUGCCAACACGGAUCAUGCGCUAAACAAUAUGACAACAUGGAGCGAGAUAAGUGUGCCAACGGCGCCCGAUGAGGACGAGGAUGACCGAGAGGUUAUGUUGAAUCGCAAUGAGUUUCAGAGUCGCUUAAAUGAAUUUCGCGAACGUGUGCGCUUAGAGCCAGAGGAUAGUUCCAUAACCGAAGUUAUGAAUUGGUAUACAUCCAUUAAUCGGGGACUGCUACAUCAUCUAAACGAGCAAAUUAAAGAAACGGACAACAGCGGCGUUUGGCGCUAUUUGGUGGGCUUUAAGAAUCUAUUAAAGAGCAUUGAGUGCCAGAAUAUAGCCACCUCGUUUGGCAUACGCUACUAUGGCAGAGGGCCGCUCACCGCUGAGAAUUUCGUUUCCUAUGUACGUUACGAGUUUAUGGCGCGAGAGAUGAUUAAUUCCACCUUGAACUAUGCGCCCAUCCUGAAGGCCAUGUAUACUAAUAUCACGAGCUCGAAGAAAUAUCAUCGCGUUAAGCUCAUGAGCAACAUGGUGUUAAAGAAUAAGCCAAAUAUCUCGGACGAGCGCAGCGCAGUUGAAUAUAAUGAGUUUAUGCACAACUACACGGACGAUUUGCGCAUACUACAAAAGGCGUUACGCCGACUAAUUAAAGAAUAUGUAGAUAAAACAUUAGUCGAAGCAGAUCGCAAGGAAGCCAUUGGCAUAGCCAUUUUGGUUGUUGUGCUGCUCGUUUCGCCCAUUAUAAUCAUACUAGUCAAGAAUGCAGCAGCCACUAUUCAGCUUUAUGCUAUGAAUCUAUCCCAGAAGGCCAAGGAGCUGAAGCGUGAGAAACGCAAAAGUGAUUCGUUGCUUUUUCAAAUGUUGCCGCCAAGCGUCGCAAUGCAGCUGAAGCAGACGCAGCAGGUGCCCGCUGAGCUCUAUGAAGCGGUUACCAUUUACUUUAGCGAUAUUGUGGGUUUCACCGAAAUUGCGGCCGAGUGCACGCCCCUGGAGGUCGUGACCUUUCUCAAUUCGAUCUAUCGCGUUUUUGAUGAGCGCAUUGAAUGCUACGAUGUCUACAAAGUGGAAACAAUUGGCGACUCCUACAUGGUGGCCUCUGGGCUGCCCGUGAAAAACGGCAACAAGCACAUCACCGAGAUUGCAACAAUGGCACUUGAUUUGCUGGACGCCUCGUCUGUGUUUCGGAUUCCACGCGCCGGCGACGAGUUUGUUCAGAUCCGCUGCGGCGUUCACACCGGACCCGUUGUCGCCGGCAUUGUGGGCACCAAAAUGCCAAGAUAUUGUCUAUUCGGGGAUACGGUGAACACGGCAUCGCGCAUGGAGAGCACCGGCGAGGCACAGAAGAUACAUAUCACCGAGGAGAUGCACGAGGCUCUGCAACAGGUGGGCGGCUACAAGACCGAGCAUCGCGGCCUCAUCGAUGUCAAGGGCAAGGGAUUAAUGAGCACCUAUUGGUUGACUUGCAAGGAUGGGCCGGUGCGUGCGCGUGAGGAAAUUUCGUGGUGUGCGGAUAUGCAGCCAGUUUUUCUGGACCAUCUCAAGUUGCAUCCGCCGACGAACUACAAGCUGCCCAAACGUAAAUGA